AUGAAGACCCAAUAAAAUUAAAGCGCAGCAGCCAAAAUUUGAUUUCAUUUUCAAAUUAUCUUCACCAGUGAAACAAAUUUUCUCUAAUUAAUCAUGACCUGUGAUAAUCAAGAAUCAACUAACAAACCUUGUUGUAAAAAUAAGCAAGUGAAAAUGGUCACUAUCAGUGAGUUACCCUUGUAUGGAAAUCCUUAUCCACCAGCUGAUAAAAUUGAUUCUGGUGAACGUGGUAUGAUUGAGGAAAGUAUUGGAGCCAUGCGAAUGGCAAUCAAAGAUAACCUAAAGUUUCUCGAUGGAUUCACCACGCGAGCCAAAGAAAUUAUUGAUACAGCCAAAGCUCACUCUAUGACAACAAUAGAUUAUAUUACCGAUGAAGAAAACACAGUACCUAAAGCAUUAGCCAUCUCCGGCAGUGGACUUUUUGGUCUUUUAUUGGCUUCUAGACGAGGAUUGUUCAAAAAGUUAUUGUAUACAACAACGGGUGCUGGUGUUAUGACUGGAGUCUGCUAUCCUAAGCAAUCAGGAGAAAUGUUAAGCGUUGCUGGUUAUAUUGUGAAGAAUAAGGGAUUCCCAUUAGUUAAUGAAUAUACCGGCAUAGAUCUUAACCAAUAUUUUAACAAAGAUAAUGAAAAGGACAAAGAUGAGAAAAAAGGAAAAGACCACCAAUCUUAAGGAAUCUUCAAGAAACCGGAACACUCCAAUAAUAAUUGCAAUCUUUUAGUCUUUAAUUCUGACUAGAUGAACUCAUCACAGUUACCUUUUAGAUUCAUCUUGAGAAUGAUGGUCGAUUGGAACCAAAUGCUUUAUUUAGAUUGUUAUAUUUCAUUAAAUCAUUCAGUUGUGAUUAAAUAUUAACUAACCAAUUA